AUGUCGUCCAAGAAUGAUAGUAUUACUAUCAAUGCUGUUCCGAAUACGGCAAGUUCUUCAAGCGACGGAGUCAAUAACACGGACCAGGAAAAACAGCCUACCAAAGGGAUUGCUGAAGCUACGAUCAUAGAACAAGCUCCCUCCUCUCAUCCCUUACUUAGUCUUUUCAAACGGAAGGAAAAGCAUAGACCCGAUGACAUUGCUACUCAACCUUCGGUUUACGACGACCCCCUUAAGGCCGAACAAUUCAAACCGAGCCCCAAGUAUGAAAAUUUGCAUCGAUUCGACCCAUCUUUUAGAUGGACGUGGGGGGAAGAAGAGAGACUGGUUAAGAGGAUUGAUUGGAAAGUGACCGCCUGGGCUUGUAUAGCUUUCUUCGGAUUGGACCUAGAUAGGAGCAAUCUCAGCCAGGCAAAUACAGAUAACUUCUUGGAAGACUUGGGUCUCACUACGAAUGAUUACAACUAUGGAAACACGGUGUUCCUUGUAUCCUUUUUACUAGCAGAACUGCCUUCGCAGUUAGUUAGCAAAAAAAUCGGUCCUGACCGUUGGAUUCCCACGCAAAUGAUCCUGUGGAGUAUCGUAGCCGGUUCUCAGUUUUGGCUUCAGGGCCGCCCAUCUUUCUUAGCUUGCCGGGCACUUCUAGGCCUUCUUCAAGGCGGGUUCAUACCUGAUCUAAUUCUCUACUUAUCGUAUUUCUACAAAGGGACCGAGUUGCCCUUUCGACUAGCCCUGUUCUGGAUGGCGAACCGCCUAACCGAUGUAGUUGCCCCCUUACUCGCAUAUGGUCUUCUACGCCUUAGGGGAUAUCAUGGCUAUGAAGGUUGGCGGUGGCUAUUCCUCAUUGAAGCUAUCAUAACAUUUUCCAUCGGUUUAUGGUCUUGGUUUAUGAUGGCUCCAUCUCCGACUCAGACUAAAUCCUGGUAUCGCCCUAAGGGUUGGUUCACCGAGCAUGAGGAGAAAAUUCUCGUGAACCGAAUCUUGCGGGAUGAUCCGUCAAAGGGGGACAUGCACAAUCGGCAAGGUAUUACUAUAAAAAUGUUGUGGAAAUCAUUGGCAGAUUAUAAUAUCUGGCCUAUCUACAUCAUCGGACUGACAUUCGGUAUUCCUGCCGGGCCUCCCGACCGUUACUUGACGUUGACCCUGCGGGCCCUCGGGUUUGACACUUUCAACUCUAACCUUUUGAGUAUCCCAGCUCAAGUCGCGACAACCAUCAAUAUGUUAAUUAUGACUUACAUAUCCGAAAUUAUAAAUCAGCGAGCACUGUUGGGCCUAUUCACCCAAUUUUGGUUUCUCCCUUGCGUAAUAGCUCUAGCCAUGCUACCAGAGAACACGCCUCACUGGGGAACAUAUGCCCUCAUAACGGUUUUGCUAUCUUAUCCAACACCGCAUCCUAUGCAGGUUGGCUGGAGUAGUCGCAAUUCCAACACCGUCCGCACCAGAACAGUCUCUGCUGCCGCAUACAACAUUUGUGUGCAAAUUCAAUCAAUUAUCAGCUCAAACAUUUACCGCAACGAUGACAAACCACUUUACCGCCGAGGCAAUCGCGUACUAAUUGGAAUCAAUUGUCUAAACAUUGUUGUAUAUAUAGCUGUAAAGCUCUACUAUGUAUAUGAAAACAAGCGUAGAGAUAAAAUAUGGAAUGCAAAGAGUCUAGACGAGCAAAAUGAGUACCGUGAAAAUACUAAGGACGAAGGAAGCAAGAGAUUGGACUUCCGCUUUGUCAGCUAA